CUUGACCCAAAGUGAAUAUGGAACGUUGGCAGAAUAAAGUGAUCGUUGUGACCGGGGCUAGUUCGGGAAUCGGAACCGCUGUUGUCAAGGAUCUACUUCAGGCUGGUUUGGUAGUAGUGGGCUUAGCUCGUCGUUAUGAACGAAUGAUCGCCCUCAGGAAUAGUCUACCAGUGGAGCAACAACCUCGAUUUCACCCCUUACGGUGUGACGUUUCAAAUGAAGAAGAUGUGAGACACGUCUUUGAAUGGGUCGACAACAAUCUUGGCGGAACUGAUAUUCUAGUGAACAACGCCGGAGUUGCAAAGGGCGACAUAUGUCUCAUAACUCCUGAUAAUACAGCACCUAUUCGUGAAACCAUAGAGACAAACGUUAUGGGGGUUGUCCACUGUACACGUGAAGCAUUCAAAUCCAUGAAAAAGCGAAACUUCGAUGGACAUAUUCUCAUUGUCAAUAGCGUUUCCGGACAUAGCAUUUGGAAUUUCAUGAAUAAUGGACGGUUUUCGUUUAAUAUGUACGCCCCUUCCAAGUUUGCUAUAACAGCGAUGACUGCAACUUAUCGACAAGAAUUCGCGAUUGCUGGGACAAAAGUAAAAAUAACAAGUAUUAGCCCUGGGUUGGUUGAUACGGAAAUUAUUUCAGAUACAUUGCGCGAGAAACCAAUGCUACAACCUGAGGAUAUUUCCAGUGCUAUUCUUUUUGCGAUCUCGACUCCACCUCAUGUCCAGAUUCACGAGCUAACUAUUAAACCUGUUGGAGAAGCGUGGUAGAUAUCUGCUCAGAAGAACUCCACUCAGAUAGAGCCAACAUUCCACUUUAUCUAUUUGAAUU